AUGCUGCUCGAAGUAUUCCUGGUUCUGGGAACCAUCCUCAUCUACUUCUUUCUAUCCAGGAAAGACGAAGAGACAUUACUACCCCUCAAAGAGGGAUGGUGGGGCAAGGGACAAAAGCCUGACACUGAAGAAGAUAAAACUAUUCGAGCUUUUAAGGUGGAAACUACAGAAGAAGAGCUGAGCGACUUAUUUAGGAGACUCGACCAGGCUCGAUUCACUGAGCCAUUAGAGAACAGUCGUUUCCAUUAUGGUACUAACUCCAAGUACCUCAGGAAGGUUGUCUCCUACUGGAAAAACCAGUUCAACUGGAAGAAACAAGUUGAAGUUCUCAACAAGCACCCACAAUUCAAAACUAAGAUUCAAGGCAUCGAUGUCCAUUUCGUUCACAUCAAGCCUCCUCACUUGCCUGAAGGCAAAGCUGCAAAGCCAUUGCUAAUGGUUCAUGGCUAGCCUGGCUCCUUCUAUGAGUUCUACAAAAUUAUCCCUCUCCUGACAGAUCCUGCAAGCCAUGGCCUCGGUGGUGAACACGUUUUUGAAGUCAUUUGCCCAUCUAUUCCUGGUUAUGGUUUCUCAGAAGCACCCCACAAGAAAGGCUUUGAUUCUGUAAGCACUGCUUCUGUGUUUUACGAAUUGAUGCUCAGACUGGGAUUCAAUGAGUUCUACACACAAGGUGGUGAUGCUGGCUGGCUCACCUGCACCAGCCUGGCCCAGAUAGCUCCCAGCCACGUGAAAGGUCUCUAUUUAAAUCUAGCCUUGGUUACAAAGAUAGGAUUCAUUCACCUGCUCUCUGUUCUGCUGGGCUGCUGUCUUCCAGGGCUCUUCGGCUUCCGGGAUGUAGAUGUCAGGAGGAUGUUUCCCUUCGUGGAGAAAGGGCUCUACAAGAGCUUGGUGGAGUCUGGCUAUGCUCACAUACAGGCUACAAAGCCUGAUACUGUUGGCUGUGGUUUGAAUGACUCCCCUGUAGGACUGGCUGCAUACAUCUUGGAAAAGUUUUCUACGUGGACUGAUGUGGAAUUCUGUGAUUUAGAGGAUGGAGGGUUAGAGGUAAGGCUGGCUCUGGAUGCAGUACUGAGCCCUGAGUUCAAUUUUAUGCUAUAUCAGCUUCUGGGUCCUUUCCCUGGGACUUUCCAAUUCUUGCAGAGUUAAGUGUUUGAAAGAUUAUUCUCUCUCCUCUCUUUCAGGCUGACGGUACAAGUACCUACUGGCAUUGCCUCCUUCCCCAAUGAAAUCAUGCACACACCCCAGGCUUGGGCCCAGAAGAAAUACAUCAACAUAGUUUCCUUCCAUUUCAUGCCUCGAGGUGGCCACUUUGCAGCUUUGGAGGAACCUCAACUUCUCGCUGAAGAUAUUCUACAAUUUGUUGGGAGAGUAGAGAAAGAGCAACUUUGGACGAAGAAAGGAGAAUAA